UCUAGGUAUAGAGGUGUCUCUUCGCGUCUUUCUUCAUUUUUAUCAGUUGAAGAUGGGCGUUCCGCCUUAUGGCAUUUUGUCCCUGAGCGGGAGUAGGGAUGGGGGCUUGUUUACUCCCUACUCCCAAUCGUAUAAAAAUUUCAAGCAGGAGUUUUUCCGGGUCGCCCUUGUGGGUGUUGACCCUUUGGAAGACGAGGUGUUCUACUUCGGCGGUUUGCCGAGGUUUCCAUUCUAUUGGUGUCCCAAGCCGUCCAGGUUUCACGGUUUGGGGGAUCUGAAGGUGACGGCCGCGGAGACGGCCGCCAUCAAGAAUCUUGCCGCGCUCCCUCGUCCGUUGGAUUGCAAGCUCGUCUUGUCGCUUGCGAAUUCGCCUUUCAGGGAGAGGGGCCUAGAGAGCAUUAUGGGCAGAAACUUGUGGCGUCAGCUUAAACACCGCUACAAUGUUUCCGAGCUCGAGGUUCCCGAGCCUCCGGAGGAGGAUGCUGUCUCCCUAAAGACCCACCGGAAGAGGAAGAGGGGGAAGGAGGAGGUCGGGGGGACCUCCGCUUCUCACGAUGUCGAGGAGGCGACCUCCCGGGUUGUGGACGCUGUGGAUCUCACUGACAGCCCUCCGGCCAAGGAGGCCUCGCCAGUGGUUACGGCAGAGGUGGUGCAGGGUGUCAGGCUUACUGCACCGGACGCCGAGGCAGGAAAUGCCUCUGGGCCUGAGCUGCAGGCGGGGAAAGCCGCUGAGCCUGAGGUGCAGGCUUCCGGGCUAGCCGCCCAUGCUGCUGGGGUGGAGUCGGGAGUCCCUAAGGUGGACUCUAUAGGUUCUGAGCAGGGAGGGCCAUCCUCUACCGCGGGUUUGGCGUCGCAGGCGGGCUCAUCGUAG